UAGAACUACCCAUAAGGUACGCCAUACGUUUCAGCUCGGGCAUUGGCGGCACGGCAUUCUGCCUUGGGUUUCUCUCUGCAUGAUGGCACGCACAAGGCUGGUCAUCAAAUUACUCAAUUCUAAAUCCCGCGUAUAUUGGGAGCCGGAAGAACUGAGGCACUCAAUAAAUCAUAGAAGAUAUUUUCAACCAUCGCCUAUCUGUGUCUUGGGUUGCUGUCAUGUUUAGCGUCCAUGUUGUGUGAGAAAACACGUUUUUCGGUUCAACGAUGCCUCUGAGGCAACUCUAUCCCGACAUAAAUCAGGAUAACAGCAAUACUGCAUCCAAUGCGGGGCUGGUGGCCAAAGUCGAGUUGGUCGACGUUCCUUCCUGCAAUAACGCUGCUAACAAUUUUAAGUGUCAUUGCCGUCCAUGGCCUUAAUCCCCGAGGUAAAGCUGACUCUGAUCAUGCCUGGGACACAUGGCGUACGCCAGCAGGCGACGACCUUCCUCGAGACCUUCCCGAAUCCCGAACCUUCCUCUAUCAAUAUAACUCGACAGUGGUAUUUGGAAGAGACAGAAGCACCUUCAUCGACAAGGCGAACAACUUGCUAGAGGAAAUAAGAAUUGAAAGAUUUGGCAUAGAGUCACGGCCUAUCCUGCUCCUAGGACAUAGCAUGGGUGGUAUAUUGAUCAAGCAGGCCCUGGUCAAUGCUCAUAACAACCCACGCUAUAGUUCUAUCAAAUUGGCGACUCAGGGUGUAGUCUUCUUUGCUACGCCACACCGCGGCGCGGAUGGACUGCUGCUAACCCUAGGGGAUGGGUUAUCAACAAUUGCAAGUUACCUAGGCUUUCAAAGAGGAGAAAAUAUUCUGGAGGUACUCAAAAGCCAAAGUAUCAUUACCGAGACUAUGCAGGAACAAUGGAAGCACCAGUUAGAACAAUAUCAUAUUGUAUCCUUCUGGGGUACUUUUGACGAUAUUGUAUCUCGACAGAGUGCACGUUUGGAUCUACCCGGUAAUCGAGAGAGCUUAGUACAACUGAACGCGGACCAUAGUGGAGUAUGUAAGUUCGGCUCAAGCCCAAACCGACCAGGAUAACUUUAAAUUGGUGCGAGGCAAUAUGAAAGAAUUAUUCGAAAAAGUAAAGGCGACAGGUCAGUCGAGAAAGUAUCCUCUUGGCUCAGAGGCCCAAUGUAAAAUAAGUGGAAGUGGUGUAACGAAGUCCUUGCCCCUGUUACGAGACUAAAACUAUUCUAAUUUCCUAUCAAAUUUUCUUAUAUAUUGUCCCCGAGAGGACCCAUUACUAACCAUUACGUUAAGAAUUAGCCACCGACAAAGAGAGGCCGGAAAUCUUAAAGAGCCUCGAUGUUUUACCAUACAGAGAUCGCAAGGACAGAAACUCAGAGCGCGUCGAAGGGACGUG